AUGCUUCAGGACAUGGUCAAAGCCUACAGGCAUGCUUCAGGACAUGGUCAAAGCCUACAGGCAUCCUGCAAGAGAUGUGCAGAGCCUACAAUCGUGCUUCAGGAGAUAGUUAAAGCCUCCAGGGGGCGGUUCGGCACGGUGAAGUUGUGCACGGAGAAGUCAACUGGACGGCUCCUCGCUGUGAAGAUCGUCCCGUACACGGAGGAGACGAAGGAGUCCACACUGCUGGAAUAUCACAUCCUGAAGAAGCUCCAUCACACCAAUGUGGUGCAGCUGCACGCGGCAUUUCUAAGUCCACAGGACCUGGCGCUGAUCCUGGAGCUCUGCGAGGGCCGCGAACUCCUGCGCUGUCUGUCCACAGGCCCCCAAUAUUGUCAUUUAUUGAUUAAUGAAACAUGUAUUGUCUUUAUUAGGGGGCGGUUCGGCACGGUGAAGUUGUGCACGGAGAAGUCAACUGGACGGCUCCUCGCUGUGAAGAUCGUCCCGUACACGGAGGAGACGAAGGAGUCCACACUGCUGGAAUAUCACAUCCUGAAGAAGCUCCAUCACACCAAUGUGGUGCAGCUGCACGCGGCAUUUCUAAGUCCACAGGACCUGGCGCUGAUCCUGGAGCUCUGCGAGGGCCGCGAACUACUGCGCUGUCUGUCCACAGGACAAUCCUAUUCGGAGCUGGAGGUCAGAGAUUACCUGUGGCAGAUCCUCAGUGCGGUUGAGUUCCUCCACGGCAAGCAGAUUCUUCACCUGGAUCUGAGGUCAGAGAACACCGUCGUGACCGAACACAAACUCCUGAAGAUCCUGGACUUUGGCAAUGCCCAGUUAUACUGCCCUGAUAAAGUCACCAGUCCUCAGAGAUACACGGAUUAUGUGGAAACCAUGGCUCCAGAGCUGCUGGAGGGUCAGGGAGCCAUUCCACCCACCGAUAUCUGGGCUGUCGGGGUUACAGCGUUCGUCAUGUUGAGCGCGGACUAUCCGUUCAGUCCUGACUGCGGGCCGGAGCUGGAGAAAGAAAUCAAGAAAGGAUUGAUCAAGUUCAGCCAUUGCUACGCCGGUUUGUCCGGAGGGGCCGUACGCUUCUUGCAGAGCGCGCUGUGGUCCAAUCCCUGGGGGCGCCCCUCUGCGUCAGACUGCCUGAAAAUGCCGUGGCUUCAGGAGGCCGGGCUGGCCACGUUGCAGCAGCUGCCGGUCUACUUCCCCAGCGCGAAAUUGAGGAGCUUCCUGCGCCAGAGAGCAGCCAAGACAAAAGCAGCGGGGUCAUCCCGAUCCUGACAAAGCCGACACCGUCAAACAGUCACUGUGUAGGCGAUCAGCCAUAUUUCUUCUUGAAGCCACCCCGCGUCCUCCUCACCAGUUGUAAAGUUUGCCCCCGAUAAAGUGCACCUG